UAGAGGGCGGAAGCGCAGUCUGUGCAGGAUGAGGUUUUGGGUUGUGUUCGCCUUGCUGAGCGUCGCAGCGGCGGGCUCCGGGCAGUCCCCUUCUAAGCUAGUCACCCCAACACACGCUCCGGUGACAGGUCCGGCUUCUACAAGAGACUCCAGGCAGUUCAUCUUGACCCCGCAGCCUGAGCAAGAACACAGUGACAGACCCUCUCUGAGUCAGAGUACCACGAAAGCCGUCCCCGGCAGUUCGAAACCCGAGCGGCACACCGUGAAAGCCGUCACUGGCAAUUCGGAAUACGAGCUGCACCACAAGAAUGACAGCCUUGGCAAUUCCUCUAGAGACCCGUCCACCAAGUCGGUCUCCAGCCCAUCUUCUGAUAACAAGGAGCCAACCAAUCCUGAUUUAAACACACGAGCUGACAAAGCUCUGCAGGCUUCCAGAACUGAAUCUGGGGAAAAAGGAUUGCUAGAGUCUGACCCCUCUUCUACCCAGCAGGAGGGAGAAGGUAAGUCUUUAGAACCACCUGAAGAUGAGGAGCCCAAGGAGACUGAAGAAGGGGAUACAGAGCCUGAAGAGGGUGCACCACCCAAAGACGAGAAAGAAAUGCCUGGCCCCGCCUCCAGUGAGAACCGUGAAAGCACAGUUUUGAAUACCUGGAGUAGGGAGAAGGAUGACCUUUAUAAGGAUAAUCUUGGAAGUUCCAGUGCAGAGAGCAGCCACUUCUUUGCAUAUCUGGUGACAGCAGCCAUUCUCGUUGCUGUCCUCUAUAUUGCCUACCACAAUAAGCGGAAGAUUAUCGCUUUCGUCCUGGAAGGAAAAAGAUCCAAAGUUACACGGCGGCCAAAGGCCAGUGACUACCAGCGUUUGGACCAAAAGAUUUGAUUUUUCUGUUCUUGAGAACCUUGUCCUCCCUGCUGAUUUGUUUCUAAAUCAAGAAAAAUGAAGAGAAAACUACUGUGACCUAAGGGACACACCCCCUCCUCUAGGGUUUGGUGGCAAGUCGGGGCUGGCAGAGGCAGAGGGGAUUGCUUUGGUUUUUGCACCUGCACUUUGGCGAACUUGCCCUCCUGUGUUCCCAUUAUUUAUGCUGGUGUCUUCCAGCCUGUCCCCCUCUGAGUGUGAGUAGGGAAGCAUGUGGGCGCGCCCCGCUGUGACCAAAGGGAGAUCUCAGCCCCGGGCAGGUGACUGCUGCUGACUGCCCUCCCUCGGGUCUUGGCCCUGUCGUAAAGUUAGCCCUUGAAAACAGCAUUGCACUCGCCACUACUUACCUUCGUGGACCUAGGAGAAAACUGCAGGUUGUGGUCCGUCUCUCCCAGGGCCUCUCCCUUUGGGGAGAUGUGCCCUACAAAAGAUGUCGAAGGUGGUGAGUGCCGAUGGGCAGAGGGCUCCUUUGAGCACGGUUCUCUUCAAAGGCUUCAGCAGCAAACCAAAACAGCAGCUGAAAAACAUGCUUUAUUGCCUGCGAGUCCAACCUGCCUAGUGCAAGCUCUUCACGUUCUUCUGACAUUUUCAUAUUACUUAAGACAAAGUGAAGCCACUUCCAUUUAGUUGUACUGAGCAGAAAACUGAACUUGGGGGUUCUGGGAGGAAAGCUGUAAAGCCACUGUGCCCAUCACAGAGGUUUUAAAAAGCACAGUUAUGGUUAUUGAAACAUUGUGUUCAUCCCUACUCACCAUCAUUACAGAAACAUUUUGAAGUAGGGUGAGUUCAUGCUUUGGGCAGGAAAGCAAGGACUGUUUGGUUUGGGUCUAAAAAUUUCGAAGGACUUUUAUGAAACAGGUCUCCCACAAACUCUAUUUUGCCUUUGUUGCCUAAAAUAGACAUAUUUACAAACUGCCUACACUCCCUCCUUUACUAAAUCUAGUUAAUGGUCCUCUUAUCUGAUAUAAAACGCCAAUGCUAAUUAGUAAAAAUUCUCCUUCUGUCCCAUGUCAGGGGUUAUGAAAAUUUAAGAAACUCAGGGGACUUCCCUGGUGGUCCAGUGGUUAAGACUCCACGCUCCCAAUGCAGGGGGCCUGGGUUCGAUCCCUGGUCGGGGAACUAGAUCCCGCAUGCUGCAACUCAGACCCAGUGCAGCCAAAUAAAUAAAUAAAUAUUAAAAAAAAAAAGAAAGAAAGAAACUCAGAGUUCCCCUGAGGUAACUGAGGGUAGUGUUGUGUAUCAGGUUAUUGUUUUAUUUAAAUCUGUUCUAGUUGUGCUACCCUAUUAUCAAGAGCCUAAAGAGACUUGUUUCUGGGAAAAAAACCCCAAAAAAACAAAAAAAAAAACCUGAAAGAGAAUAGCUGAUCUCAGGGAAAUGCAAAGAAUGUGGGAAGUGAGAGGAAUAGGAUGAAUUCUAGGCUAUCGAAGAAGUCUGGCGGAAGAAGGGGCCAUCCUGUUUGUCAUGGUAUCUUCCACCUCGCUUAAAACAGCCGGUGACUUUUGAGUUGAAAUUUUCAUUCUCUGCAGGUAACAUCUGUAGAGGUAAGGAAUGAGGACUCUUCUUGGCAUUAUCCCCUCAGACAUGGUUAUUUUAUUCCCUUUUCUGUCUCCCCUUUCCCUGCCUUUCUUCCUCCCCUCUAAUGUUUUCUCUUUCUUCCUGUCUCCACUAGCCCCUUUCCUUCCAUCUUCGUGCAUGCCCAAAUUCCCCUGCUCCCAUCCAUCCUAUUUGUGGUCCAUUCUGCUGUUCAGCAUCUCCAAAAAGUGUUGCUUCCAUUCCCUUGCCAUUCAUCUUCCUCAUAACCUUUACAAAGUCACUUCGGUCCUUGUCUUCCUGCUAAUAAUGUUUUCCCAGAGGUUCAGAUCACCAAAUCCAGUGGCUUGUUCUCAAAGCUUAGUCUUGUCCCUGAUAGAAUUGGACACUUAGACCGUCCAAAUCGAACUUCCCCUCUUUUGGUCUCUGUCCUGGCUUCUGAGAACUCCUUUGUCUUAUCCUGUGCUGGUGGAGGAGAAGGCCCUCAAAGACAGGUCUUUGUCUUUGUCUUUUCCUUUGUCUCCUUAGAAACUCAUCCAUUCUUUAUCCUCUGAGUGAGUGACUCCCAAGUUUUCAUCCGUGGCCUAGUUCCCAAAGAACCCAGUCCUGCCGUGUGCUGGAUAGUUCAGCUUGGUCAUCCUGUUGUCACUGAAACGGAGUUUCUCUCUUCUGCCCAUUAAGCUGCCCCUCUCAACUGCCCGAUCUCUUUAUUCAUCUCAACUCCAAACUGCAGACUUGUGCUGUUUUUAUGUCUUGUCACGAAAGUCCUAUCCAUUUUUAGAAAACCAUCUCCAGCUACAGUCUUCCCAUUUUCCUUGUUUCCCUGCCCCACACCGCCACCCAUUCCACUUCUCUCCUAGAUUUUUUUUUUUUCCCAAGAGCCACCUUAAUUGGUCUGCUGUCCGUGAUCUUUCCAGAGUGCUUGCCGUGAUCUGAAGCGUCUGUCUCGUGGCUUCGAGAAUCAAGUUCGUGGACCCUGGCGUUCAGGACUCCGCAGGCUGGCACUGUCCUGCCUGACUUCCCCUGCAUCCGCGCUGGGCCAAAGGCCCCUCUUGUCGGGCCCAUCCAGGCCUCUGUGCCGUUUCGUCCUUGCUGCGUCCUCCAGGCCCUGGCUUCUGGUGGCUGUUUCUCAGUUAGGGCGCGUCCCCCCCACCUUAUCUUCUUUCCCUUGCCUCCCCAAAACCUGUUUCUUCAGGGCCCAGCUCACGUUUGCCCAUGCACCUUCCUGACUCCCCCGGCCCACAUGAUUGACUCUUUCCAUUUUACUGUUAAUAGCUCCUGAUAAUGCCACUCACACAUUUUGGAACUUGAGCAAAACAGGACAGCCGGUAUCUGCCAUCUCUGUCUGGUCUCCCCAAGAAAAUGAAGCUCCUUCCAGGAGCACCCAGGGCACCAUCUGCAUAUCUGCCUAACACGGGACAGUCCCCGGGGACUUGAGUUCAGUUUCUUCUUGCAAAGGAAACAUGUUCUUUGUUCAGGACAUGUGGCUGUGACUUAACUGAGGUCUCUCACACGGCUCUUUCUGGCUACUGCUUGCUGCCCCUCAUUGAUGGAUAUUGCUAGUAAGGAGGAGAGCAGAAAGAAAGGUUGGUUUCAGGCACCAAGUGGACACAUAAGUAUUGUUGUAGAGUUCGCAUAGCUUCACUUUUUGAGCCUCUGAGAAGUAUAGUUUCUUGUGUGAAAGAGUACAAUAGAAUUUAAGUUUCACUUUAGAAAUUGCACUGAAAGAAAUCUCCCACAACAAAGGAAAAGUUGUUUUCUGGGUAGUUGUCUUUUUGAAGAUAGACUCUUUGAAGCAUGUUUUCCUAGAGAUUGUGCAGAUGAGGGUGAGCUGGUGGGGGAGGGGAGGAUCUCUCCAGCUGGUGGGGGCGCGGGGGGGCGGGCAUGAGAGGUGCCCUAUCCAGACGGCUCUGUGCUUCCUUUCCUGGCCCCAGCUUUUGGUCGCAGGGUGGUUUCUAUUUGGAGGAAUCUGUGCUUCAGAAUUAUUUGAAGAGUCCACCUCUGGACUCGGGGGGAGUGGAAGGCUCGUCUACCUAGAAAGGCUAAGAUAACUCAGAAAGACCUGACAACUAGCUAUGUACACACUGACAUUUCUUUUCACAUAAUGGCUUUCAAUGAAACUUUUGGUGACAGAACUCUAAACCUCUAAAAUUCCUGAUAAUGAUUCUCAUUUUCUUCUCCCAUUUCAUGUCAUUUAAUUCAAAAGCCUGCCCCUCAUUUUUGCAGGGUAACUUGUUAUGUAAUGCUGCACGUGUGAUGAAAGCUAGCACGCUUUGCACAUGUUCUGAAUCAUUUGAACAGGGAAGAGAGUAUGCCAUACACCAGACCCUGUACGCCAGCUGUUUUCUAAAAACUCUUGCUGGGACAGUUGCGUUUGGCAUUGCCUUGCUUAAGAAAGAAUCCUGGGAAGAGAUUCUCAAGUUUAAUUGAACCGUACAUCCAGAACCAAGGCUGAAUCUCACCUCAGUUUCUUAAGUCAUGUGUGAAUUUCCUAAAUAUCCCAAUCUAGAAACUCUGUAAAGGCAUUGGGUCUGAGCUGUAUAGUGUUUCAAGCUGCCAACAAAGUCAGCUUCCUUACACUUGUCGAUAUUCCUUUAAUUCAGAAGUCUAACAUGUUCAAUAAAUGGUUGAUUGUUGAAA